AUGCCUGCGCUCUCCCGGCUGACGCGGAGCUACGAACGGGCCUUCAAGCACCACCCCUCGCUCACCCUCGCCAUCACCAACGGCUGUCUCAAAUGUCUCGGCGACUUCCUGGCCCAGUAUCUGCCGGCCUUCUCCUCCGGACUGCCGUUCGUCCUCGACGGCCACCGCUCCUUGCGCUUCUUCCUCUUCGGCUUCAUGCACGGGCCGUGUGUCGGGAAAUGGCAUGAGUUUCUAGAGCGCCGGAUCCCGCUGACGGCGCCGAGGGGCGGGGGCGGGCCGACGGACGCCGAGCAGGAUCUGCAGCUGGCAGAGACGGAGAAGUCGCUGACGAGCCUCCGGCCGGUGUCCAUGCGGAGCCGGUCGACGGCGGCCGACCAUGUGCCCACGCUGCGCGCGCUGUCCACCUCGGAGGCCCAGCUCCUGCCGCCGCCCGGCGACCAUGCCGCCUCCAAACACAAGUCCGCCGCCGGGUUCCGCCUCCUCGGCCUCCUCAAGCGCAUCCUGCUCGACCAGCUGCUCAUGGCCCCUAUCUAUACCUUCCUCUUCAUCUCCCUCACCGGAUGGUUCGAAGGCUUGACGAUCCCGGAAAUCCAGGAACGAUUGCACCAGCUGUAUUGGUACCUGUUGACCGCAAACUGGAAGGUCAUCCCCUCCAUCCCUCCCUUGCAUCCAAAGCUUAGAAACUCAUGUGUCGCUGGUGGUCUUGUUUUGAAACCCUCGGGAAUAGAUUUGGCCGCUUAUCCAGAUCUUCAACUUCAGCUUCAUGCCUCUCCAAUACCGAGUGCCAUGGCAAGGCUCCUGCGGGGUGCUGUGGACGGUCUUCUUGAGUCUGAGCACCCACUCCUCGACCCACCACAGUCCCAGCACAGCCGACCCAUCCGGCCCAACACUCCAUCCGACCCUGCCGCCGCUAUCAAACGCAAAAACAACCGCGUCAUCGGUUGA